UACCCGCCCUUGUUAUGGCAUAUAAUGGCGCUCGAUAUGGCGCGCAAGUGGCCCACCGCCAUGGACCGCACGAUUCGGUGCAGUCCAAAGACGACAUCACGCACAUGCGACUCCGCGAGCUGGAAGAAGAGAACAGUCUCCUGUUGGAGAAGGUAACCUCUGCCUCACAACGUUUUGCCGACUACGAGAACCAGAUCCGCGUGCUACAACAACAGGUCAAGCUUCAAGAGCAGCGUAUGGCAGCUCUGAGCUCUACGACUGUGGACUCGGAACAAAUUAGCUCGGACAAUACAGGCCUAUCGCGACUGGGCAGUUUCAUGCGCAAGGGAUCCUUCGCGCCGACGGCCACGAGCCCAACUACCACCUCUCCACGCGAGCAAGAACUGGAGAAGUCUCUCGCAAAGGAGCAAAAGGCGCGUGAAGUGGCGGAGCAGAAGGAGAAGCAGGUCAACGCGGAAGUGGAGGAAUUGAGUACUACGCUGUUCCAGCAGGCCAAUGAGAUGGUCGCUACGGAGCGGAAGGAGAAUGCUGCGUUGAAGGCCCAGAUCAAAGAGCUUGAGAAGGCUGGCGGGAACGUGGCCGAAGCGGUUGGGAAGGAGAAUGAAAGACUCAAGGAGAGACUACAGACCAUGGAGCAGCGAGAUGUGGAGAAGCAGAAGCGUUUAGAGAGGCUGGAGGCCGCGCAGAAGAGGAUUGACCGCGUGCGGACAAUGUUGGUGCCGCGCUGAGCUCGCUUCGGAAUAUGCGGACGAUACUACUGCGCAGCCAGCGCAUUUCACGAGGUUUACGGACGGGAGCGACUUCACACCGGGCAGCCAGCAAAAAACGGGAGGUACCUUAUGCUGGAAUUGCAUCGAAGCACCGUCAUCGUGGCUGAUUUGGCGGUGAAUUCAUUCGCUGUGCCACGUCGAUCACGAGCUAUUGGACCGCCUCUGGAGACGAGCCCAUGGGAUACGAUCCUGCACUACAAGGAUCACCAUGCCACAAAUCAUCAGUGCCGGCGGCAUUGGGCAUCCUCUGAAUACUGGCUCCGCGAACGUCACAUUCGAGACAAAACACCGCCACACAGAUCCGUGGUUGUCGCAACGCAGUCCGUUUAUUAGCACUACCGUCGUGCUUACAGCUGUUCACGCCAGAAGAUCCGAACUCCCCGAGAAGUGUGAUAAUUUCAGAACGUCACGAAGGUCAUGUCAGGUCGACAAAGGCGAUAUGUCGUAUGAAGUGAUGGAACAGAUUCCGAGUGGAACGACACAGACAAUCUAGCACGGAAUUUCUGCCAAACUGAAUGGGAUCUUGGUGGACAUGGGCGAGG